AUGGUCCCCGUCCCACCCCUACCCCUCGCUGCCGCGCCCUCGUCGCGAACUGCAUCCGCGCUAAACAACCGAACCAUCGGACAGGCCGUGGACCUCUUGGCAGCGUUGCAAACCUCUCGGCAGUCCAAACGCCUCCGCUACUCUGCAUCCCCUCGCGACGAUGAUGACGACCACGACGACUCACCAUCUCCAGUGCUUGACGCUUUUGUUGCCGCUCAAGGCCGCUGUCACCGCGCUCCUUACCAAUUUUUCGCAAGCCGAAUUCAACACGCUUUGGCACGACCUUCAUCCCUUCGUCAACCAGAACUGGAAUUGUUCAAGGAAAAGACACCCACCUUCGCGAAGCGUGUCACUGGAUUCAUCUUCGCGAUCCACCCAUGCUUGAUGGGCAAGUUCGUUGACCGCGUACUGUCGAUAUGGACAAUGGAACACCUCAACGAGAAGCACAAACGAUUCAAGUACUUUCCCAAGGCGUUAUAUGCUGUGGAUGUAACAUUCCAACAAACCAACGCACCAUCCGGAUCAUUUUCCGAGACGAUGCGGUACUUCAGCAAGAAGCAUGGCCUGUAUGGGGUUAAGGUUGAGGCAAGUGUGCUCCCCAAUGGCCUCUGCGUGAAUGUUACCUCAGCUGUCCCUGGAAGCCAUUCGGAUAUAUCCAUUUGUCAAUCCAACGAGGCAUUUCACACCGCGGCAAUGAAGGAACGAAGUGAUGAGGUAGACAUGGUGGAUCAUGGGAUCAUGGUCCAUUAUGUGAUGAGUAUCCAGACUCCUGGACACUGCUUGGUGACAAGGGGCACCAAGGCCUCCAUCGACAAUUGCGUCCCAUUACGCCGGCGAAACGACCAGUUGGGGGCGACGUGCAAGUGGCGAGGUGCAAGUGCCGAGGUGCAAGUGCCGAGGGCCAUGGCCGCUCUGCACGCGACCAGUCAACAGCGGUUUAACCUAGUGGGACAAACUGAUGCCACGUGUGACUCCCAUUUCCGGUUCAGCAAAGCUGAGAUUGAACUGCUUAUGGCGUUGCUUGAGAUACCCGACCCGAUGAUCACACCCCAGCGCUGUAAUGCCAGUGCUGUGGAGGCUCUCUGCAUUCUUCUCAACCGUUUGGCGUGGCCUCACCGCCUCGGGACCAUGGUCUUGCUCUUUGGCCGCAGCCGAGAAGCUCUCUCGACCGCCUCAACGCAUCAUAGAUGGAAUGUGCUUCAGCCAUACACGACAGCGGCGCCCCUCUCGAUUGCUGCAUCGGUUUCAUUGAUGGCACUGUCCGUGGCAUUUGCCGUCCCGGUAAAGGUGUCCAAAAGACAGCAUACAAUGGCCACAAGCCCUGAACCAGGGUCCCGACACGAUGCGUACUUGCUUGAGCAAAGUGAAAUUCUUACCGUUUUGUCGGACGUGCUGGUGACUGACACGAAGCGAUAUGUCAUUUACGGGGAUCCGGCGUAUGGUGCGAACGAUGUCAUUGUUUGCGGCUACAAAGGGGCGCGCCUGGACCAAUAUCAGUCAGCGUUCAACAGUCGCAUGAGCACUAUCAUGCAGAUGGUCAAAAACUGUGGGGGCAAGACGUCGGUAUGCAGUAGGUUGUUGCUGCUAUUUUGA